AUGAUACAAGUAAAAGAAGAAAAAGAGGAGGAGGAAGGAGGAGAAGGCAGUAGGAAGCUAAGGAAUAGAGUGUGGAACCUAAGGAGUAGGGAGCGAGAGGAUCAAGUUUGGUCCAUGGGGAUGGCAAUGGUUCACACUUCCAAAGACAAUAUUUAUCGGCAAAGCAUCCAUGGUCAGCUACAAGUCAACCACAAGAAGGAAUUACCUUUUACCUUCUUUUCCUCCAAUACAAUGGGUUGUUGCCAUGGGCAACGCAGGCAGGGCCUACUUUUGCGCAGGCGACGACAGCAACCCGCCUCGGGAGGGGGCGGUCUUUCCUACUGCGUGACGUCCAAUGCUCGGCCCCCUGCAUUGCUCCCGGGCCUCUGUUCUUCUCACCUGCUCGCACCCACUCCGCUCCAGGGGCCUCUCAAA